CGGGGCACCGGCUGCCGGCACGCGAGUUCCCUUUCCUUUUCCCGGUCCCCUUCGCAGGCUUCGCCCUCUUCCCCCCAACUCCGCAGCGGGAGGAAGAAGCAAGCAGAGACAAGGGGAAGGAGACGAGACGACACGGCCUGGGCUCAGAAGAGGAGAGAGGACAAGGAGAAGCGUCCAGAGGCUACAGACCCUGCAGAAAGCUGUAGGCGUCUUCUGGUAUUAGAACUCAGGAUAGAGGGGACAUCCUUCGCAACUUUGGUGGUCACUGAAUUUGUGAGCUGCGGGUGAUGUUAUGGUCCUUUCUUCCUUGAUGGCAAACGCAGAAGGUUAUCGCCUUGUGAGAUGCCCCAAGUGUUUGAACGUUCUCCCGGAACCGCCCAAUGUUACGGUCUACAGGUGCGGCGGAUGUGGCACCACUCUUCGAGCUAAAACCCGGGCUAGCAAUGGACAGGAUGUGGCCAAGAAACAAGUUCGGCAAGACUCCGACAAGUUUUCGGUUGCUACCUCAGUUAGCAAUAAUGGAGUGCUUCCUCAAGCCAAAGAUCAUGCUUCCACCGAAGUUACCAUGGACAGCUCCUGCAUUGCCGACACUCCUAGCACCGAGCAUGGCAGCGAUUGCACAAGGAGCAAUCAAAGUGGUGAUGUUGUGCUACCUGAGAAGAAUGAUUUGGAGGUUGAGAAUAAUGAGAGCAAAGACCAUCAGGAUUUUGAAGGCCAGGAUGCCAAUUCACGGAUGGAAGGUCCUGCUGACCUGGGAAACUCCAAUGCAAAUAGCACAUGCCGAGAUUCUGGCGAAGCAGAAAACCACGUCAUUGAACAACCUGCAGAGAAUUCAGAGACUUGCAGAGUAAGAGAAGAUGAUGAUACGGUGUGCCACUUGAACGCCUCUGAAAACAACAUGCUUUCUUCUGAGAUGAGCCAAGCAGCCGUCAGUAUGCAAGAUGCUGAGCAGAAGGAAGCAGGCGCAGCCGAACAUGCAGCAAACAAGAAGAGCUAUCUUGUUAGGGUACUGUCUCGGUCGUGUGAUCUCCGAGCGUCAGUUAAUUCGCUUGAUUUCCAUUCUGCACGGACUUCUCUUCAGUCAAAGAGCUUCAGGGCAAGUGAACCUCUUCAAUCGAAGAUCAUGAACACGGUGGAUGAACUGAAGGGCGACCUUUCCGAACUGUUCCAUAAACCUUCAGAAUCCAACAAGCCGAAGGCGUAUCAUCCUCCACGUCCUUCAAAACAAGACGCAGGACACAUGACUCGUGCAGCCAUCACAUCCAGCGCACCUCUUGCCGCAUACCAUCCUGCUCCCAAGCAUUCUGGCUACGCAGCUCGCCUCAGCAGGUCUGGCCAGGUUGCUCCCCGUGGGCUGCCCUCGCUGCGAUACCGCCGGCACAGGGUUUACUCCUACCAUCACAAUGUGCAGUCGGAGAUGAGACCCUGCCGGCACGAGUGCUGCCACAGCUGCCAGCCACCCUGUUACAGGUCCUGCAAGCAAGAACCUGCGGCAAUGCACAAGCCACCGGUCGACAGGGAGAUCAAGCGCCGCCCUCCGCCCAGAAACCACUGCCGGCCGGCCCUCCGCGGCGCCCCGUUCGUGAUCUGCUCCAACUGCGUCAUGCUCGUCCAGCUGCCCACCGACUUCGCCGUCCCGAGCAGAGGGACUCGCCGGCUGCAGUGCGGCUCCUGCUCCGGGAUCCUGUCCUACUCGUACAGGGACCCCAGCAGGAAGAAGCCGCAGUCGCCGUUCGGCGGCGACGAGUACAGCACGGACGGCUACGACUACGAGGUCCGCCACCAGCAGGCCGCUGCCGACGGCCGCUUCGCCGCCGGCUUCGAGCAGGCGGACCCGGUGUCGUACUCGGAGGAGUACGGCCUGUCGUUCGGCGUGAGCCACUCGACCAGCACCGAGGACGGGCAGCCGCUGUACGUGUCGAGGAACUCAUCGUUCAACACCGCCGACGGGAGGGCGGGAACGGACGGCAAGCUCCACCGGCUGAUGGGGUACUCGUCGGCGAGCGAGCUGCUGCGGCGGUACUCCCCCGACCUGUUCGAGAGCUUCGACGGGCGCACGCCCAAGCCCAACACCGCGAGAGCGCACCCCCACGCCGACUGGAAGGGCAAAGGCGUCUGCGUGGCGGGAGAAGGCGACGCCGACGCGCCGCGGGACGGUGCGGCGGUGAAGCGGUCGAAGGCCAGGGGCCUGCCGCUCCAGGGGAUUCUGAGGAAGGGAAUCCACAGCCUGGAAUCGCUCAAGCUCAGGUCGUAGCCGACGCGGAUCAUUUGUUGCUUGCCGGGACCGCGGCGAGCUUAGGAGAUGGUAGCAGACGCGACAGCCGACUGGUUUAGAUUUUUAGCACGCGACAUGAUUGAUUCAGUCGCCGGCGUUGUGAUGGGCGUUUUAGUGGUUAGGCAUUUCUGAUCGGUGUGUGCUGACUGUUGAGGUGUUUGCACUUUGCACUUCAUCUGUUACUGUAAAGUUGGUUGUAUCGGCAAUUUUUGUGUGUUGUUUGAUGUUGUAGUAGGGUUUGCAGUUUGCACGCGGCACGUGCUUGAUGACGGUGACAAAUGACAAUGUUGUUGCAGUUUGGCUUUC